UUUGGCUGCAUGUCCACGGAAGCAGAGUCAGUUUAUUUGCUCCACGUUAUCAGUUUGGAAAAUUGAUUGUAUUGGAAGUUACUUGACUUUAGUAUACCCUGAUACAAGUAAUUAUACAUUUUAGCGGUUCCGUGUUCAAUUCAGCGAAAUAUGGACGCAAAUAAAGACAAUCGCAACAACAAGAGGAAGACCAGUGUCAAAAUGGACAGUGAAAGCAAGUACCUACCAGAGUUACUUGCAGAAAAAGACAGUUUGGAUGCGUCAUUUACACACGCAAUGAAACUUCUUACCGAGGAGAUCGAAAGGAUUCAGAAAGGUGAGCCCAAAAAGGAGGGUGAGACAUACUUGGAUCUGUUCACUACAAAGAAUGUUCGUGUGAAAGAGAGGGUACUUAUUCCUGUUAAGCAGUAUCCACGGUUCAACUUUGUGGGGAAGAUUCUGGGACCACAAGGCAGCACCAUUAAACGGCUACAGGAGGAGACGGGCGCCAAGAUCUCAGUGCUGGGGAAGGGAUCCAUGAGGGACAAAAACAAGGAGGAGGAGCUGAGAAAAGGUGGUGAGCCCAAAUACGCCCACCUGGCCAUGGAGCUGCAUGUGUUCAUUGAGGUGUUUGCUCCAGUGCCUGAGUGCUACCUGCGUAUGGCACACGCUAUGGAAGAGAUCAAAAAGUUUCUCGUACCAGUGGAUAACGUGGAAGACAUGCACCAGGAUCAGUAUAUGGACAUGGGCUAUCUGAAUGGUGCUCAGGGUGCCCCCUCCAGAGGCAGAGGGGCGCCGCCAGUCAGGGGCCGUGGUGCACCACCUCCGCCCAUGGUGGUUCCCAGGGGUCGAGGAAUGCCACCCCGUGGAGGUGCACCGCGUGGCGGUGUUCCAAGGGGAGGCCCUGGUGGAGGAGGCGCAACAAGAGGUGUUCCUGUGGGUCGUGGUGGCCCUCCACCUCCAGGCCCCAACAGAGGAGGUGGUGCUUCACGGGCCAGACCUCCCAUGCCAGCCCAGAGGAUGGCUCCAUCUCCAGCACUGUCUCACCAACACCAGCCACCUCAGCACCAGCCGCCACCCAAGCCAGAGCCCUAUGAGGACUAUUCCUACGAGGAGAGCUACAGCGAGCCAGCUUACGAAGGUUAUGACAACUAUUACAGCCAGGCCCCACCACAAGCAGAAACUGAAUACUAUGACUACGGUCAUGGUGAGCCACAAGAAACCUACGAGUCCUACGCUGAAGAUGACUGGGAAGGUGGAGCAUGGGGAAAUGGUGGAGGAAAAGCCCCCCCACGUCAGAAAUCCGCUUACCGGGAUCACCCUUAUCAAAGAUACUGAAAGCCGUCUCACAGGGUUGCCCCAGCGACCCCAUCCCAUUGUAACUCCUUUUAACAGUUCAAGUAAUUUUAGUUCUAUUUACCGUUUUGAC